AUGUCCAGUUUUCCAUCGCGGAACCAACACCUUCCAACCCUCAGCUGUGAAUUCUGCCGACAACGCAAGAUCAAAUGCGACAAGCUGAACCCAUGCACAAACUGCCAAAAAGCCGGCAUCAAUUGCGAAUCAGUCCGUCGCAAGAGACUCCCUCGAGGGCGCCAUGCGAACAACAAGCCGGGCGGAACUACGCAAGAUCUGAGGGAUAAGAUCGCCAGAUUGGAGGCUCUUGUGAAUGUAGCAAUAGCCGAGUCUUCUUCUGGUACUAGUAUAGUAGGAUCUGGGAAAGGAGAUGCCAGCACAGCCUCUGCCUUCACGGAAAAUGGCUGGACCUUGACUUCGGCGGAUAGUCAGAAACCAACGGCGCCAUCGCCCGCCGUCAGUGGUUCUACGACGGACAGCAGACCAGUGGCUCCCCAGUUUUGGUCUAAUGUGAUGACGGAGAUUCACGGAGUUCAGGGGAUGGUAAGCGAGGACACAGAUGACGAGGAUGACCGGGUUGAGGAACAUGAGAAGCCGUUCCGGACUCCUACUUCUUCUUCCUACUUAAUGGGGUUGUCGCUGGGACGGCUGGGUCGUUUGCAUUCUCUGUCACUGCGGCCAUCCCGCGCGGUCACGGAUGCAUUAUGUGACAUAUUUCUUAACCAUGUUGACCGGAUAAUCAAGGUGCUACAUCGGCCUUCUCUGAAGCAACAUUUGCUAGAUGGGACGCCCUACCCGACUUGCAAAGACUCCCCCAACGCAGAGAAUGCGCUGGACACGGCUGUCUUUUACGCGGCCGUCGCUAGCAUGACAGACCGCCAAUGCCAGCAACUCUUCCAGUGUGCCAGGAUGGACGUGCUGCCGGAAUACCAAAGCGCCUGCGAAACCGCUUUGGAGAGAGCGGACUUGAUGCGAACAACCGAUAUUACAGUUUUGCAGGCCUUUGUGCUGUAUCUGGUUGCAACCCGAGCUCAUGAUAAAUCGCGUGCUGUAUGGACUUUACUGGCUACAGCAGUUCGCAUCGCUCAAGCGCUUAACCUCCAUGUUGAAUCUCUCCAUCCAACGGAAACAUUCUUCGACCGGCAGAUGCGCAAACGGCUAUGGCUUACAAUAUGUGUCCUGGAUGUACAAACAAGCAUUGACCCAGAUUCACUGCCACUGAUUCCUCUUGAAAUGACGCAGAUUGCGCUGCCGCGCAAUGUAAACGACACGGACUUUGAUAUCUCUUACAAAGGCCACGAUUUACCAGAGCGCCAGGAAGUGACAGACAUGACUUUCCCACUUGUGAUUUACAGUCUACAAGCGUUUGGACGACGGUUGUAUUACACAGAGCCACAGCAAUGGUCCGCGCAUGAGGAACUAGUGGCCUCUUUUCAUAACAUAACCUCACAACUCACCAAGUAUUGCAACCCAGACGAUAGUAACUAUUCAUGGUUUGUCCAUUAUGGGACACAGUCGCUGGAAGCAGCGGCGCGAUUGCAUAUCUUCAGACGAUUCGCGUCCAUGAGAGACAACAUGCCAUCAUUCAAUCAAGAGCGUCCAUCUAUUCUCGCACUAUGCGCCAAAGUCAUUGAAAACGCACCUCGUAUACAGAAUGACGAACGAGGUGAGGGAUUCAGAUGGUAUGUUACACCACAAUGGCCUACAGUAGUUGUUGCCAUCAGAGAGUGCUACAUCUCUACCGACCCAACUCUUGUCAUGCAAGUGUGGCCAUUGAUUGAAGAUGUCUUCGAGCACUAUAAGAAAGCACAUGCCGACCCCAAUGGAAGGGCAAAGACAAGAAUGAUAAGGAAAUUGAUGGAGAGAACGAGAGAAAGAGUCAAUGCUCUCAUUCAGUCAACUUCUGUCGACAGUCAAAAUAUAGUCCCAACUCUAGAUUUUGGGUCUCUACCUCAAGAGCCUGGAGAACCUCUAGAUGACACUACAAUGGCCAACAUUGAGAAGCAAUCUUUCGACCCGAUGGAUCCCUCAUGGGCCGUUGGAUGGGAUGAUUUGAUCAAUGAAUUGUCUUACGGGGCUUUUCCUAGCGGCGAAUUCGGCGACUGGAAACUGGCCGACAACUUGUUUGGUUAG